AUGGCGAAUUCAAUGUCGUCUGGGAAGGUGGUUCGGCUUGCCGUCACUGACUUCCUUUUCACAAUCGUAUGGGCGAUAGGGGUGUCGUGCACGGGCGCCACGGUGGCAGUCCUCGCUCCCUACGUUGCUGCUGACGAUGAAACCUCCGUCGCUCUCCUCCUGGCGAUCGCCAUCGUGCAGAUCGUGGGGUUCGGGGGAGCGGCUGCAGCACUGGGGGGGGCGUCGUUCAACCCUCUGGCGAACCUUAUCAACUACCUCGCUGAUGAGGCAGACGAGACGGCGCUGGGCCUGCUCCUGCGCUUCCCCGCUCAGGCAGGUGGCAUGGUCAUAGGAACCAUGCUGACGUGGGAGUUCAUUCCGGAGUCCCUCAAGCACACGGUCAACGGGCCCGCGCUGCCACCUGGCGUGUCGGUAUUGGCCGGCGCGACGGCUGAAUUUGCGCUCACGUUUCUGCUGAACCUGAUGGUGCUGUGGACGCUGUUCCUGGGCCCCAGCAGCGACCUCUCAAAGGCAUUUAUUAUGGUCUCCGCCACACUAGUGGCUAUUGCUGCUGGCAUGGGCUUCUCUGGUCCUUCCAUGAACCCCCUCUUUGCAUUUGGGUGGGUGUACACAUUGGACCAGGAGAUGUCGGUGCAGCACUUUAUAGUCUACUGGGCUGCCCCCACCGCUGGUGCCGUGCUCGCAGCAGCCUUCUACCGCAUCUACCUGAAACCGCAUAAGAGUAGUCGCGUUUAG